CAUCCCCGUCGCACUUACCCAUAUACCAGGCUGUUCUACCCGCCGUCCACUCGUUGAUCUUGUGGGCUAGCCCUCCCUACGACCCACUCUUUUCGUGUCGAUAUCUUUAUUUCUCCUACAUAUUUUUGCGAUCGUUGCGUUCGCCCAAUGUUUUUCAAGACAAGAUAUUUUCUGGACUUUUUUCAGCUCUUCGCCUUCCUCCACGUUUUGUUGCCUGGCAUCUCGGCGAAGGGGAUUACAGACCUCCCACUUUGUUCCCUCAGUUGCGUAACUCGGGAAGCUGUAGACCUUCGAUGUUUAUUAACUGAUACAAGCUGUCUUUGCUCUAAACCCACGUUUAUAACUGGCACUAUCACUUGCGCCCAAUCUCGCUGCAAACGCCCAGAUUUGAGCACGGCCAAUGGAGUCUUGGCAGAGAUGUGUGCUGCAGUCUCUAUCUCUUCUUCAUCCUCGUCGUCGUCCACCUUAUCAUCAAGCACGACAUCGGAGUCGAAGUCGACGUUGACUUCCACAUCAUCCCCAUCGUCUACGCUUACGCCACCUCCUAGGGCUUCUACUACCGGGAGCCUCGACUCUGAGCCAAGUACAACGGUUGUCAUCGCGACCGUCUUCGACCCGCCCUCGUCACUCGGAAUUAGAACGCGUGGUAAUCUAUGGGGAGGACUAGGGCCAGCAGUAACUGUGGCGCUCGGGCUCGGUUUGAAGAUGUGGAUUUGAGGGAAAUGACCGCAUAAAGUUUAGGUGGAAUAGUCCGCGAGCGAUUUGUUGCUCGAGUUCCUAUGGAACUUUCCCGGUCGUGUCCACAAAAUUUCACAGUAUACCCACAACAUGGCACAGCUUAAAUUUAACGAUAUUUGUAGAACGAGUUCAAGUACGCCAACAUUUGCA